GCUACCGCCGAGGAGACGGCGCUCCCGGAGACGGCGAGCGGCUCUUCCCACCCCUUCCCGUGCAGAGAGCGGCGCGAUCGCCCAAACUCCUGGGAGGGGAGACAGCCCCCGCCGCCGUCUCCUCCUCCUUCUCCUCCUCCUCCUCCUCCUCCCCGCUGCAAACCCCAAAUAAAAGGGGCGGGGGGCGGCAGGAUGCGCCGCUCGGCGGGGAGGUCGGCGCCGCCGCCGCCGGCCGCCUGAUGCUGCCGCAAUUCGCCAUUGCCGGGCACGGCUUAGAGCCGAGCGGAGGGAGGCGAGGGGCAGAGGAGCAGCAGCCCCCCCUGCCCGGUCGCCCCCGCGGGCCGCGGCCGCCGUCGCCCCCGAUGCCCGGCCGCCGGCGGCGAGGGGCCCCGGGGGCCCGCUCCUGUCUCCUCUGGCUCUUUGUGUUGCUGAAGAAUGCAGAACCUUUCCAGGUUACUGUCCGAGAAGACAAUUGUAUCAUUGUCUCCCUGGAAGCAUCUGAUGUGGUGAGCUCAUCCUCUGUAUAUGUUGUGAAGAUAGCUGGAGAAUCCAAGAACUACUUUUUCCAGUUCGAAGAAUUCAAUAGCACUUUACCUGCCCCUGUGGUUUUUAAUGCCAAAUACCAUGGCCUAUAUUACAUAGUAACUCUGUUGGUAGUGAACUCAAAUAUGGUUUCCAAGUCGGCGAGAUCAAUCACUGUGUUAACCAAACCCCUUCCUGUGAGCAGUGUUUCUAUCUAUGAUUACAAACCAUCCCCAGAAACAGGAGUGUUGUUUGAAAUUCAGUACCCAGAGAAGUACAAUGUUUUUACCAGGGUAAAUAUAAGCUAUUGGGAAGGAAAAGACUACCGAACAAUGCUGUACAAAGAUUUCUUUAAAGGUAAAACAGUUUUCAAUCACUGGCUACCAGGUAUAUGCUACAGUAACAUCACAUUUCAGUUGGUAUCAGAAGCAACCUUCAACAAAAGCACGCUAGUGGAAUACAGCGGGGUCCAGCAUGAGCCCAAACAGCACAGAACAGUUCCUUACCCACCUCGAAACAUUUCUGUUCAGAUUGUACCAAUCAACAGAAACAACUGGGAAGAGCACAGUGGGAAUUUUGCAGAAGUAUCAUUCAUGGGACCACAAGAAAUCAUAAGGAAAGAAAAACUUAGGCAUUUUUCUGACAAUCCACCUGAAAUUCCAGCAGUCAACACAUCUGCUGCCUGGCCAGACUACCGCUAUAACAGCACCGAGUACGAAACCACGUCGCAGCCGUACUGGUGGUCUAACGAAGCUGAGUCAUCAGAGGGUGAAGAGGAGUUUGUCAAUGCGGUUUCCAGUGAUUAUGAGACCAAUGAUGUCAACACAUCUGGAAAACUCACACCAGAGCCCCCUUCCUUCCUUCCUGUACAAAUGGUGCUGACCUGGUUACCACCAAAGCCGCCUACUGCGUUUGAUGGUUUCCAUAUCAAUAUUGAAAGGGAAGAGAACUCCACGGAAUUUUUGACAGUAAGUGAAGACACUCACAAAUUUGUUGCUGAACUGAAAGAACCAGGAAAAUACAAGUUGUCUGUAACAACAUUUAGCUCCUCUGGCUCUUGUGAAGUUCGGGGAAGUCAAUCAGCAAAAACACUUAGCUUCUACAUCAGCCCCACAGGUGAAUGGAUAGAAGAGCUCACUGAAAAGCCCCAGCAUGUGACCGUGACGGUGCUAAGCUCCACGACUGCCCUGACAUCCUGGACAGCAUCCCAAGAGAGCGGCGGCAACAGCACCAUUGUGUCUGUGGUCUCCCUGACCUGUCAGAAGCAAAAGGAAAGUCAAAGGCUUGAAAAACACUACUGCACUGAGGUGAAUUCAAGCAGCAACCUCAUUGAAAAUCUUGUUCCUGGUGCCCAGUACCAAGUUGUGGUUUACUUACGGAAAGGACCGUUGGUUGGACCGCCUUCUGAUCCUGUUACAUUUUCCAUUGUGCCCACUGGAAUAAAGGAUCUGACGCUUUACCCUUUGGGACCUACUGCUGUGGUUUUGAGCUGGAACAGACCUUUCCUUGGGGUGUUUAGGAAAUAUGUUGUAGAAAUGUUUUACUUCAACCCAUCAACGAUGACCUCUGAGUGGACAACCUACUAUGAAAUAGCAGCAACCGUCUCCUUAACUGCCUCCGUGAGAAUAGCUAACCUGCUGCCUGCUUGGUAUUACAAUUUCCGGGUCACCAUGGUGACUUGGGGGGACCCAGAGCUGAGCUGCUGUGACAGCUCCACCAUCAGCUUCAUAACAGCACCUGUGGCACCUGAGAUUACCUCCAUAGAAUAUUACAACCACCUUUUGUACGUCACCUGGACCUAUGGAGGAGAUGGUACUGAUCUUUCUCAUUCCAGGAUGCUGCAUUGGAUGGUUAUUGCAGAAGGAAAGAAAAAAAUCAAGAAGAGUGUAACACGCAAUGUGAUGACUGCAGUGUUGAGCUUGCCUCCGGGGGACAUUUACAACCUUUCAGUGACUGCUUGUACUGAAAGAGGCAGCAAUACUUCCCUGCCCCAGCUUGUGAAAUUGGAACCAGCCCCUCCAAAAUCACUGUUUGCUGUCAACAAGACUCAGACCUCUGUGACUCUGCUGUGGGUGGAAGAAGGAGUGGCCGAUUUCUUUGAAGUCUACUGCCAGCAGGCUGGAUCUGGUCAGGAAACAAAAGUUCAGGAACCUAUCACUGUCUCUUCACACGUGGUGACCAUUUCCAGCCUAACCCCUGCCACUUCCUACAACUGCAGUGUGACCACCUUCAGCCACAACAGCCCCAGCAUCCCCACUUUCAUUGCAGUUUCCACCAUGGUCACCGAGAUGAAUCCCAACGUAGUGGUAAUCUCCGUGUUAGCCAUCCUAAGUAUCCUUCUGAUUGGACUGCUGCUGGUGACUCUUGUUGUACUCAGGAGAAAACAUCUACAAAUGGCCAGGGAGUGCGGAGCUGGAACCUUUGUCAAUUUUGCAUCUUUAGAGAGAGAUGGAAAACUUCCCUAUAAUUGGCGUAGAAGUGUAUUUGCUUUCCUAACUCUGCUACCCUCAUGCCUUUGGACUGAUUAUCUUUUGGCAUUUUAUAUUAAUCCUUGGAGUAAAAAUGGAUUAAAGAAGAGAAAGCUGACCAACCCUGUCCAGUUGGAUGAUUUUGACGGCUACAUCAAGGAUAUGGCCAAAGAUUCAGAUUAUAAAUUUUCUCUUCAAUUUGAGGAGCUAAAACUGAUUGGGCUUGACAUUCCCCACUUUGCUGCUGAUCUUCCCAUGAAUCGCUGUAAAAAUCGCUACACAAAUAUACUGCCAUAUGAUUUUAGUCGUGUCCGGUUAGUUUCAAUGAAUGAAGAAGAGGGGUCUGACUACAUUAACGCCAACUACAUUCCUGGUUAUAAUUCACCCCAGGAAUACAUUGCAACCCAAGGACCACUGCCAGAAACUAGGAAUGAUUUUUGGAAGAUGGUUCUCCAGCAAAAAUCUCAAAUUAUUGUUAUGCUUACUCAGUGUAAUGAGAAAAGAAGGGUGAAAUGCGAUCAUUACUGGCCUUUUACAGAAGAUCCUGUUGCAUAUGGGGACAUCACAGUGGAGAUGCUGUCUGAGGAGGAGCACACAGACUGGGUUUAUAGGAAUUUCCGAAUUAGCUAUGCUGACGAGGUGCAAGACGUGAUGCAUUUUAACUACACCGCCUGGCCGGAUCACGGUGUCCCCACGACCAACGCUGCCGAAAGCAUCCUCCAGUUUGUACAGAUGGUCAGGCAGAAAUCAGCAAAGAGUAAAGGCCCCAUGGUCAUACACUGCAGUGCUGGAGUGGGACGAACGGGAACCUUCAUUGCCCUGGAUCGGCUCUUACAACACAUCCGUGAUCACGAGUUCGUAGAUAUAUUGGGGCUGGUGUCUGACAUGAGGUCCUACAGAAUGUCCAUGGUGCAGACAGAGGAACAAUACAUUUUUAUUCACCAGUGUGUGCAACUGAUGUGGCAAAAGAAGAAACAGCAGUUCUGCAUCAGCGAUGUCAUAUACGAGAACGUCAGCAAGUCCUAGUUCCGAGUCACAGGUGGUGAGACCAUGAAGCACACCCAUCUUCCCUUGCUUCUGACUUUUUUUUUCAUUUGAUGGUUUGAACGGCCAGUUGUUCUGCCACAAGAACUGCUUUGCAGUACACGGACAAUGAAAGAGAGAAACUUUUAACUUUCCGAAGCACUGGGGAGACAAAGCCUUAACAAGCCUGCGGUGUCUUUUGAACUGUUUAAUUUCUGGACAUUUUUUUAAAAUACCGGACCAAAUUAAACUAAACAACAUGAAGGAAAAGACACUAUAUGUGCAUAAAAUAGAUUGCUCCAGAGUGUUGGGUUUUUGUUUGGUACCUUUUUUUUUUUUUUUUUUUCCUGUGCAGGUUGGGCUUAAGGUUAAAGUAAGUGCAAUAUUUUUUUAAUGGUUGACUGAAGAACUUUCUUCAUGUGUCACUGGUCUGUGCUAACGUCCAUAGGAGAGCAGGCAUUGUUAGUAUCUAAUAAUACCUCAUUAGUGAAUAGCGAGGCAUGAACAUACAUGAAGAAAUCUGGAGAUUGUGAAGAGAAGAGGGGCGGGGGGGUGGGGGUGGCUGGGCACUUGGAUUUGACUGUUUCCUACAGCACUGAUGUACAUGGGGUCUGGGGGGAGCACAAGACCCGAGGAACGGACUGACGAGCAGAAAGCCAAACCAUGAAGCCUGAAGCUGAAGCAGGCAGCCGACACCGAGCGAUGCGGGGAGGGUUCGGUUCUUGACUGUGCUGCUACUAAUUAAGCAGAGGGAUUGCUCUUUUUGCCAACUUUUUCAGUAACGCCACUGAUCAGGCUCUUGUUUUAGAUGAAUCUAAUGAAAGAGCAGCUGAGUUUCAAGCUGGGCUAUCUUAGACUCCAUUGCUAUAGCAUUUAACUGUCUGAGCAGUCUAUGGUGCCUAUACCCCUCAUUUGUUUAUUAUUUUUUAAUAAGUAUUAACCCUGUGUAAAAACGUGAAGCUGAUUGAGGUUGGGAAGGGGGAAGAAAAGAAAAGAAAAAAAAAAGUGCUUUAACGGACGUAACUAUUUUUCCGAGCCAGGAAUUCACGAUGUUACAAAAACAAGGUUUUGGCAUGUGAAGGGCUGGUUAUCGCUUUAUUGCUACGAGGCUGCCAAAGCGUCGGUAUGGAUUCCUGCAGGGGCUUCGGGAUCAGGGUGGGGGGCUUUUUUCUUUUUCGCUGUCAGUUUCAGUUCUAGUCAGAAUAAUUAGCUAUAUAUAUAUCUAUUUUUUUUGUCUUUGUAUAAUUCCGGUACAUCAUUGUGUAUUGUGACAUGGAUGCUGUCAGAAUGGAUGUUGAUGGCAUUUUUGUAACCUGUUGCUUUGUGUCACCUCAUUGGAAGUUAGCAGCAAUGGUACUUAAUGUAAACAAAACAAACUUGAACUGAAAGUAAACACACUGGAUUGCUUACCUGUGAAGAAGUCACUAUCAGCAAAACAGCAAACGCACCUGUAUAUGCUUUUUAUUCAUUCACCCUGGGGCCUGCUAUCACCUGUCAGGGUACCAGGGUGUAGUUUGGAAGCUCCACUACUUCCAGGAGCCUGAUAACCCUCAGAUGAUAUUUGAAUUUUUCUUUUUCUUCCAAAGCAUUAUUCCACUAGCAGGUAGAUAGAUGUAUAUUCCUUUAAUAUCUACUUCAUCAUCAUAUUGGUUACUUCCUUCAACCUGUCCCAUAUAUGUUAUGCAAAACUGCAUAGACUUAACAUAAUCCCCCCGAACAAAACAGGUCCUUGUGAAGGGUACUGAAGAAACAGGACUCUACCUCUGAUUAUUAAUUGGGUAUGAUAUGAAUUGCCCCCCUCCCCCCAUUCUCUUUCCAUGUAUCUAUUUCCACAGUUUCCACUAAGCCCAGUCCAAAAGCAGAGAUGCUAUUUCUCUAAGUAAGAUGCAUAGUGAAGGAUGCAAAAGGACAGAGAGUGCCUUGUCUUCAGGGAGCGGAUUGCUAACACGAAAGGCUUCAGUGGUACAUGUCUCUCUCUCUCUUAUUUCACCAGUGCACCUCAGCUGGAGGGCUUGCUGUUUGAUUUGCCUGGCCUAAUUUGAACAGAAGACAGAAUUAUAAAUGACCGCUUGACCAUUCAGACCUUGCCUUCAUGCUUUUUUUUUUUAAUAUAUUUCAGAGUUUUGCUAUGUUUACUCAGAAAAUAUGUUCACAUCCCUCUAGAGAACUAGUGAGGGGAAAAAACAAAAACAAACCAACAAACAAAACACAAACCUUCUUACUUUCUCAUCUACUGCCCCCUCCCUCCUGCUGGCCAUUGCCCAUUGAGGCUCCAUUUAUUCUGUACUAUAGAGCAGAGCAAGUAGGUUACUUUUGAAACAUUCAUGUGCACACAAAAUAUCACAGUGUGAGCUGGCUGUAACAGAAGCUUGGCUGAACAUGACAGGGUACGAGAUUGCUGCAAAGAUGCCAAAAAUUGCGUUGUUGCAAAUGAUACUGCCCCAAUUGCCUGAACUGACUAGACAAGCUUUGAAUGCAUGUCCAAAAAUUACCCCAUUUGCAUGGUAACAGGUACGUAUUUUUCUUUUAAUACCUACUUUAUCACAAACUCAAUUACAAUGAAAACGCCUUCAAAAAAAUACCUUUACUUACCUCAUCUAGUAUGCAAAAACUGCAUAACUGGAUGUGUUAGGGUGGCAAUGGAAACCACCUCUCCCAGAGUUCAAGGUAUAAGUAAAGCAAUGAAAGAGUCUGGGAGACAUUGUGGUUCAGAAGACUCACACAGAGCCUUUUAGCCUGUCUCGACAUGUCAUACUUUCGGUUUUACCUUGUCAUGAUCUUUGAAAGCAAGACCAAAAGAACAAUAGUUUGGACUCAUGCUACAUGUUGAUAUGGUUUCCAGCAUCUGUCAAAAUAAAAC